AUGGUCGUGACGCCAGACUUCAAGCCUCUCAAAGCUACAGAGCCAUUGUCUCCUCUGUUAUUGCCUAAUCAACCUAGACCACCUCUAAAACAGCGUUCAACAGGCUCAUUCUCUCACAUAUCCGACUUUUCCUUGGACUCGCCUCACCCAGAAGACGAGGUGAUAGACCCCAUUGAAAAAUUGGAAAAGCUAAAGCAUGUGGACCUGAGUCUUGAUGCGACCGAAUGGCGACAGCCAGUGUUCAAGACGAAAAUUCUUUCCCUCCUGCGCAAGCUGCGGAUCCCCAAAUGGAACUCUCCACUCCUCAAACCCGCUUCUAUCCAUCUCCAAAAGGUCUCUGGAGCCUGUACCAAUGCCGUCUUUUUCGUCUCUUUCAACCCUUCGCCCACACCUACGACGCCCAACUUUUCCCCCUUGCUGACCCCUAAAAUCCCCCCUGCGGAUCCGACUCUACCUAUAUCUGAAAAAGUCAUCCCCAUGACACUCUUACUCAGAGUAUACGGACCAAGCUCUGGAGCUCUCAUCUCGCGCACAGAAGAGCUGCGUAUCUUGACUGUAUUGAGCCAACAGUAUCACCUUGGACCCAAGGUAUACGGAACCUUUCUAAAUGGUCGGAUCGAGCAAUUCUUCCCUUCCAGAGCUCUGUCUCCAGCAGAAUUGAGAGAUCCAUUCAUAUCGACAUGUAUCGCCAAGCGGAUGAGAGAACUCCAUUCGGUCGACUUGGGGCUUUUGGGAUUCGAUUCGGAAGAUUCAAUGAUCUGGCGGUUCUUGAGAGAAUGGCUAGAGCUCGCUGAAGCCACGUUGACCAAGCUCGAAGGGAUCAAUGAGGAGUGGAAGGCGUAUGUGCAGACGUUUCAUCUGGACAACUUGAGGAAAGAGAUGGAGCAGUACAGGCAAUUCAUCAGGGGAAAGGGACCGACUCAUGUCGUUUUUGCCCACAAUGACAUGCAACAUGGAAAUGUCUUGGAGCUCGAGGCAGAGUUAGUACCGGUGGGGAUGCCCAAGCAUCACAGGUACAUCGCUAUUGACUUUGAAUACGCUGCGCCCGGUACACGAGGCUAUGAUAUCGCCAAUCACUUUCACGAAUGGCAAGCCAACUAUCAUCACCCUACCCAUUCUUGGUCACUCAUUCCCCAUGCUCCUUACCCGACUCUUGAUGAACGACGGACAUUUUACCGAGCGUACCUCGAUGACACUCGAGAGGAAGCUUUGGACCAACUCGAGUCAGAGGUCAAGAUGUGGAGUCCUGCCAGCAGUGCAUUCUGGGCUUUGUGGGGGAUCAUCUCAGCAGAAGAUCAUGUACAUUCGCUGAGUCUCGGGGAGGAAAGGGAAAAGGAAGUCGACUUUGACAGUUUGUCUUACGCUCAAGAGCGAGUGAGCAUGUUCAGAAGAGAUGCGAGGGAGUUGGGUGCCAUCAGCAAUUAG